UGGACUUUGGAGGACGCACUUUUCUCCAAACGACGACGUAUGAUCUACUCUACUACAUACAGUACUCCCUUCCCUCACAGUAAACUAAAGGCGCAAAAACAAACCCUCCCUCCCCCCAAACUGGCAGCUUUCUCUCUCACCUUUUCAAUCGCCGGCUGAAUUUCGCCGGAAAAUCAUCUCGGCUCGGCCUGCUGAUCCGAUCACAUAAGCGCAAGUUUCAAGCGGCUACUUUUGACCAUUUAUUUUAUGAAUAUAUACAUAUUUUCUAGGGGAUAACUAAAUAAAUUUUAUUUAAUGGAGGACGAUUAUUACAUGAGCGACAACAGCGAAGAUAGAGAUGAAUCUUACUCGUCCGACAGAGAGGAGGAAUCGCUCGACGGACUCGAGAAUAAGGAUCGCGAUGCUCAAUGGGUAUCAUCGAAAGCCCCUUCGUGCAAGGUGAUUACAAGAGAGUCUCUGUUGGCUGCACAGACAGAAGAUUUGGGGAGAGUGAUGGACUUGUUCUCAGUGAGAGAACACCAUGCCAGAACUCUACUCAUUCAUUACCGCUGGGAUGUUGAGAAAGUGAUUGCAGUUUAUGUUGAGAAGGGUAAAUCUGGCAUUUUUGCUGAAGCAGGGGUUACCUUGGCAGAAUUUGUUGACCUUGACCCAGAGGAGUCUACAUCUACAGUAAUGUGCUAUAUAUGUAUGGAUGAUGUGCCUGCAAAAGAUGUAACGUUAAUGGACUGUGGCCAUUGCUUUUGCAACAAUUGUUGGACAGAGCAUUUCAUUGUCAAAAUUAACGAGGGUCAAAGCAAGCGGAUGAGGUGUAUGGCUCAUAAGUGCAAUGCUAUCUGUGAUGAAACUAUUGUUAGAAGGCUAGUUAGCGCAAGACAUCCAGAUCUAGCAGAGAAGUUUGACCGCUUUCUUCUUGAGUCGUACAUUGAAGACAACAGAAUGGUCAAAUGGUGUCCCAGUAUACCCCAUUGUGGGAACGCAAUAAGAGUUGAAAAUGAUGAAUUAUGUGAAGUUGAAUGUUCUUGUGGUAUGCAGUUCUGUUUCAGUUGCGUAUCAGAAGCACAUUCCCCUUGUUCAUGCUUGAUGUGGAAGCUUUGGAGUAAAAAAUGCCGGGAUGAAUCCGAGACAGUCAACUGGAUUACGGUACAUACACAGCCUUGUCCCAAGUGUCACAAACCUGUUGAGAAGAAUGGUGGUUGCAAUUUAGUUAGUUGCAUAUGUGGACAGGCAUUUUGUUGGUUGUGUGGCGGAGCUACUGGACGAGACCAUACCUGGUCCCAUAUUGCUAAUCAUAGUUGUGGUCGAUACAAAGAAGACGGCGAGAAGAAAGCUGAGCGUGCAAAGAGAGAUCUAUAUAGAUACAUGCAUUAUCAUAAUCGUUAUAAAGCUCAUACUGAUUCCUUUAAGCAGGAAUCUCGGCUGAGGGAGACCGUAAAGGAAAAGGUGUCGCAUUUGGAAGCUCGGGACUUUAAGUUAAGGGAAUUUAGCUGGGUCUCUAAUGGACUCUACAGGCUCUUCAGAUCAAGACGAGCUCUUUCAUAUUCAUAUCCAUUUGCUUUCUACAUGUUUGGUGACGACUUGUUUAAAGAUGAGAUGACGGAAAAGCAAAGGGAAAUAAAACAGCAUUUAUUUGAGGACCAACAGCAGCAGCUAGAGUCAAAUGUCGAAAAGCUAUCCAAAUUUCUCGAGGAGCCAUUUAAUGAGUAUCCUGAGGAUCAAGUCAUGCAGAUAAGGAUGCAUGUCAUUAAUCUCUGUGUGGUCAUUGAUAGCCUAUGCAAAAAAAUGUACGAUUGUAUUGAGAACGAGUUAUUGGGUUCACUUGAAUUCACCAUGCACAGUAUAGCGCCUUACCAUUCAAAUGGCAUUGAGAAGGCUGAGGAGCUGACUGUUGGAUGGAAUGCUCAAGCCAGCAGCAAUAGUAAAUGUCAGAAAGAAGCUGACCGAUCUAAUGGACACUCAGCAGGAGUAGACCAGGCAUCGACAUCUGGGACUUCGGAUGAGAGUCUAGAGUUUCCGCGGAAGCGUCCCAGAAAAGAAAGUUCUGCAGACACACUGUUUGAUCUCAACCUACCCGCGGAUGCUCAUUAAGCAGAUCCUUAGACUAAUUUUUUGUCCAGAACCUAACGGAGCGGCGUAUGUGACAUGGAUAAUCCUCUCAUUACCAUUUCUUUUACUCCGUAGACAAUUUUAGGAGAAGAUUAAUUAAACUAUGUAUAGUGUGGUCUUGUUUGGGCUCUUGACAUUGGUGAAUAAUUGUGUAUAUUGCUGCUAGAGUCCAUAUGCUGCGGCAUGUAUAUGUGGAGGGGGGCGGCAUAAGGCGGAGAUUGGAAUAUUUAGUAUGUAUUUCAAACAUGAUUUUGGGAUUUAGCUUUUGAGGAGAUGCGCAGGCGCAACACAUCGUCUAUUUAGUAAAAUACAUCAUAUUAUUUUCUUGAAA